CCCGGGCCUGGCCUGGCCCUCGUUGCUCAGCCCCGGCCGCGUUGCCAUGGAGACGGGCGGCGGAGGCAAAUGGCGGCCCUGGUGCCCAAAGAUCCCGCGGCCGUCUGCAGGAUCCGCUCGGCGCCGACCGCCGGAACAAACUAUUUUUUAGGAAUUGACUAUGAGAAUGUGCAGAAAUUAUGCAACAUCAGUGGUCUACAGAGCAGAGAUAAUCCGCAAAGUACACCAGACGCUCACUGCGAAUUCCUACAACAAUAUCGAAAAAUAUUCAUUCAACCAAAACCUGUGUUACCCAAGAUCCCUGUGUUUGCAAGUGUAAUGAUCAAGAGGCCAAAGAAAAAGGUAUCAGAUAAAGAUGUUGAGAGGCAUCUGGAGAAACGAUACAUGGAUGAUGUACCUCGUCAUCUCAAAGAAGAUGUUAAAACCUUAAAUGGAAUACUUAGUAAACAUCCUUAUUACAGAACGCGCUCAGAGCGUCUGAUUACAUAUAAAAUACUGGGGCUAUUUCCAGCAAUCAAUAAACGGUUUGCAGACGAAGAGCUGAAAGACCUCAGUGCAAAGAUAAUCAUGGAAUCAUGGGAGAAAAGUUGCAUAGUUUUUGGAUACCAGUCAUUCUAUUUAAUCCUAAGAGGAUGUGCUAAGCCAUAUUCGUUGCUUGGUGAACCAUUGAGGCCUAUCCAUCCCCCUCCUUGGCUCGAUCCAACACUGAGUAUGUUGGCCUUUGGAGACAGUUUUGGUUCUUUGCUACCCAUGUCGGAUAACGCCGGUCACAAGGUUCUAUCAGUACUUACAGAGUCUAAUUGUCAACUUGUCAAAAUUUCUACUGGACAGUUUGAAAAUGUAAGAGAGGAAAUAAUAGUGCGUAAUUAUACAAUGAAAGAAAAGCUAAUCCAAGCCUGUCGAAGUUAUCAGCAUUGGCCCAAACUGUCUCUCAGUAAACUGGUUCAGCUAAUCAACUGGAAGAAAUAUCCAAAAGAUUAUGUUCUAGCAAAGGAAGGUGAAAUCAGUUCAAUUGUAGGAUUCAUAAAGUCUGGCCAAUGCUACAUUUUCAAAGACAUAGAAGGCCUGGAGAAACUUCCACUAGGACGAGUGCAAAGUGAAGUGAAGCAUAUUAUCAUGGGAAAACUCAGUAGUAAUCAAUCCUUCGGAGAGAUCAGCAUUCUUCUUAGAAAACCAUUCACCUGCACGCUUAUCACAGCAACAGAAGUUGAACUUGGAGUUAUUUCUGAACGUGAUAUAUUAGGACUUGAAGAAGUAUAUCGAAUGCUUCUUCAACAAACAUCAGAACCAAUCUUGGUCAACCUUACUCAGGAAGAAGUCAAUAACAGAUAUAUUUCGCUGGAAAAAGAGAAACAAUGGAAACGCUUUAAGAAUAAAGUGAUCAAGGAAACCAUUUUGUACAGAGGAAUAAAACCAGGCGUUGGAAAAUGGAACUUUAAAUGCAGUAUAAAGGACAACUCAAAGAAAAUUCCCCCUCCUUCAUUUUAAGGGGUUAACUACACGAUGAAGGGUAGAAAAACAGGAUGUAUCCUAAUCAUCUAAUUUUCACUGACUAUCUGGAGUCUGACAUUUGUGCUGCCACUUCUCAUUAUUUUAGCUAAGAGGAUUCUUCUUUCUGUACAACAGGAAACCAAAUAUUAUCCUAAUCAUUUCCUUUACGAAGUACUGCUAUGGCAAUGAAUGACUCAUAAACGAUGUGCCUGAUGUGAUUUUUCAUAAUUUUCUUCCCUUUCCCCACUUUGACUUCAUAUCUUGAGCAGAAACAUAAUUAUUGAUCAACCCUCGGGCAAAUUAACCUUCAAUGAAAGGCACAUGCUAAAAGAUAUGUCAAUUAAAUCGAUGUUUCUUCAUUAGAGUUAUGUUUUUAUGCCUGGUAUUAUUUAUUAAAAAUGUUACUUUGCCGAAUCUUAACCUUAAAGUUAUAUGACGUGUGACCACUAAGCUGUUAAGAUAAUCUCAUAACAACCAAGAGGUUCUCAUAACAGCAACAAUACCAAUUUAACUUAAUUGAAGAACAGAGCCAGUACAUACACCAAAUCAAAGCCAAUUCUGAACAUAUGUAUAAAGAUACAAAUCAGGAACCAGGGUGGGCCUCAUGGUCUCUCAAGCUUGCAUCAUUCAUUAAUAAGAUCAUGACUGAUCGUGAUUAUUUAUUGAAAAGGACACAAGUGCUGGAGUAACUCAGUGGGACAAGCAGCAUCUCCAAAGAUAUUGUCUGACCUGUUGAGUUACUCCAGCACUUUGUGUCCUUUUUUGUAAACCAACAUCUGCAGUUCCUUGUUUCCACGUGAUUGGUUAUAAACCAUCAAUUACAAUAUA